UUUGCGUGCCCAGCGCGAUUACGCCAUCAGUGGCCGUCAGGCAGACUCGACGAAAGCUCACGGAAGAUGCAAAAGAAAAAGGACCCGCUGCUUGCCGAGUAUCAACCCCACUGUGAAAAUGAGACCAUGGUUCCAGUACUGACUUCAAAAAAAGCCAGUGAACUACCUGUGAACGAGGCUGCCUGUACACUGCAGGCUGACCUACAGUUCGGUCUCACCCAGGAGGAGGUUUCACGACGUCGAGUCUACCAUGGAUGGAACGAGUUUGACAUCAGCGAAGAUGAACCACUCUGGAAAAAAUAUAUAUCUCAGUUUAAAGACCCACUUAUCCUGUUGCUGCUGGCGUCCGCUGUCAUCAGCGUGUUGAUGCGUCAGUUUGACGAUGCCGUCAGUAUCACCGUGGCCAUUAUUAUCGUUGUUACAGUUGCCUUUGUACAGGAAUACCGCUCAGAAAAAUCACUGGAGGAACUAGGGAAACUUGUGCCUCCAGAAUGCCAUUGUGUUCGAGAAGGACGUCUGGAGCAUCUUCUGGCUCGAGAGCUUGUACCCGGAGACACCGUCUGUCUAUCAGUCGGCGAGAGAGUCCCGGCUGACCUGCGUCUUUUCGAGGCAUUGGAUCUGACAGUUGAUGAGUCCAGUUUGACAGGAGAGACCACCCCCUGCACGAAGACCUCUGCCCCUCAGCCGUCUGCCGCCAAUGGCGAUAUCACGUCCCGCAGUAACAUUGCCUUCAUGGGUACGCUGGUGCGCUGUGGGAAGGCCAAGGGCAUUGUCAUAGGCACUGGAGAAAAUUCUGAAUUUGGUGAAGUUUUUAAGAUGAUGCAAGCAGAGGAGGCUCCUAAAACCCCAUUACAGAAAAGCAUGGAUUUGCUGGGAAAACAGCUCUCCCUUUAUUCCUUUGGGAUAAUCGGGGUGAUCAUGAUGGUCGGAUGGCUUCAGGGGAAGAAUAUUCUAGACAUGUUCACCAUAGGCGUCAGCCUGGCCGUGGCAGCUAUCCCAGAAGGCCUCCCCAUCGUGGUGACGGUGACUUUGGCACUGGGAGUGAUGAGGAUGGUGAAGAAACGAGCGAUCAUUAAAAAAUUGCCCAUAGUGGAGACUCUGGGCUGCUGUAAUGUGAUCUGCUCAGAUAAGACAGGCACUCUCACUAAAAAUGAGAUGACAGUUACUCACCUGUUCAGCUCUGAUGGACAGCAUGCUGAGGUCACUGGCGUCGGGUACAACAAUUCUGGCGAGGUAUUGCUGGAUGGAGAGGUGGUGCAUGGUUUCUCCAACACCUCCAUUAGCAAGAUUGUGGAGGCUGGCUGUGUGUGCAAUGAUGCCUUGAUUAGGAGCAACACCCUAAUGGGCCGCCCUACCGAAGGCGCCCUCAUCGCCCUGGCUAUGAAGAUGGGUUUGGAGGGACUGCAGCAGGAGUUUGUGCGGUUGGAAGAGAUUCCCUUCUCCUCAGAGCAGAAGUGGAUGGCAGUCCGCGUCGUCCAUCGCACUCAGCAAGAUAAGCCUGCCAUGUUCUUUGUGAAGGGCGCCUAUGAGCAGAUCAUCCGCUUCUGUACUUCCUACAACAGUAAAGGCGUCACUCUGCCUCUGACUCACCAGCAGAGAGAACUCUACCAGCAGCAGAAGAGCUAUAUGGGCACUGCGGGUCUCAGAGUGCUGGCAUUUGCUUCUGGUUCUGAGAUGGGCGCUCUUACCUUCCUGGGGCUAGUGGGCAUCAUCGACCCUCCCAGAGCUGGAGUGAAAGAGGCUGUGGUGACUCUCAUCAACUCUGGAGUGGCAGUGAAGAUGAUCACAGGGGAUUCUAAAGAGACCGCAGUGUCAAUUGCAAGUCGACUGGGUCUCUAUACCAAAGGUUCUCAAUCUCUGUCUGGAGAGGAAGUCGACCAGAUGGACAUCCAGCAUCUCUCUCAGAUAGUGUCCAGGAUAGCGGUAUUCUACAGAGCCAGCCCUAGACACAAGUUAAAGAUAGUUAAGUCCUUACAGAACAUCGGUGCAGUUGUGGCUAUGACGGGAGAUGGUGUUAAUGAUGCGGUGGCUCUGAAGGCAGCAGACAUCGGUGUGGCCAUGGGUCAGACCGGCACUGAUGUCUGCAAAGAGGCAGCAGACAUGAUCCUCGUAGACGACGACUUUCAAACUAUCUUGUCUGCCAUUGAAGAAGGGAAAGGGAUUUACAACAACAUUAAGAACUUUGUGCGCUUUCAGCUGAGCACGAGCAUUGCUGCCCUUACCCUCAUCUCCCUGGCAACUCUUAUGAAUUUCCCCAACCCUCUUAAUGCCAUGCAAAUCCUCUGGAUCAACAUCAUCAUGGACGGGCCGCCAGCCCAGAGUUUGGGAGUGGAGCCUGUUGAUCGGGACGUGAUCAGGAAACCCCCGCGGAACGUCCGAGACAGCAUCCUCACACGCAGUCUGAUAGUGAAAAUCCUCGUAUCGUCCUUCAUCAUCGUUUGCGGCACUCUGUUUGUGUUCUGGAGAGAGCUGCGUGACAACGAGAUCACCCCACGGGACACCACCAUGACGUUUACCUGUUUUGUGUUCUUCGAUAUGUUCAACGCUCUCAGUUCUCGAUCACAGACACGGAUGGUGCACGAGAUGGGCUUAUGCAGUAACAGGAUGUUCUGCUAUGCUGUGCUGGGCUCCAUCAUGGGCCAACUCCUGGUCAUAUACUUCCCUCCACUACAGAAGGUCUUUCAAACAGAGAGUCUCAGCAUUUUAGAUCUGCUGUUCCUGCUGGGCCUCACGUCCUCUGUCUGUGUGGUAUCGGAAGUCAUAAAGAAAUUAGAGCGACUCAGAGGUGGAGAAAAAAUGGCAGACACUGAGGAUUUCCAUGAUGUAUGACACACAUUGUGUCCCGUGCAGGAGAUGGUGGGUGGGGCUGCGGCGUGUGGUUUAGCAUGUCGCUUGGGCCGGUCUCAUACCGUACGAAACAAUCCAGAGUGAUCAUUCAGGCCCGACCUUUAUGUGCAGUUCCUUUGUGAAGGUCAAGACCAGGAGCUGAUUUUGGAGCAAUCUGACGUGCGCCCUUGCCGGAGGAGAUGCUUUGGUGUGCUGCUUUAUGACUGUACUACUUCCCAUAGCAUCUGGGCGAACUUUAUUUAUGAGAUGCUGUAUCUGUCCAUACAGUGGCUGUUUUGAUUUCAUGAUUUAAGGGAUGUAUUAUGAUUUUUCUAUAUUAUUAUUAUUAAAAGGAUUUUGUGUCUUCUAAAUCAACUUUUGUUUAAACAUUUCUGGUUAGAGGUUUGUGGAUCAAUAUGGAUAAUGCCUUUCUGCAUUCCAGAUUAUAAAAUUAUGCUUGAAAAAUCAUUUAUUUUGGGUUGGAAAAAGCUUUUGUCCUCUUAAACCACGAGUGUUCCAGUGUUUUGUGGAACGGACCACUUGUUUUGGGUCAUGAUGAGACUGUGGGUGUGAAUUAAUGUGUAAGUGAUGUGCCAAACCAUCACAUCAUUUACUUAGAAAAAUGUUAACAAAUUGAACACCUUGCAACAGGCCCUGUUUUUGAGUCUGUUAAGGAUACAGGAUCCCACAAUAUGAUGGCAUUACGAGAUUACAGGGUCCCACCUUAUGACGAUCUUCAAGGUACAUGCACUAGUAGUUCUUUAUCUUUAUAUUAGACUGAUGGUUAAUACAACUGGCUUGUACAAUUACUUAUCAGUUCCUCUGUAUUUACAUAUUUUCAGUACUAUAUUAUUAUUACUUUCCUUAUGUUAAUACACUGGUAUCUGGGCCAUCUGAAGAUAGAUUUGACCUUUUUCACCUUACUUUGGCUUUUAUCUAUAGUGUUAUUUAUUUUCUCACCAGCUUGGUUAGGUGAAUGCUUAGUAUUUUAAGGUUUAAUGAUGUAGUUGGUUAAAUGGGCGCUCAUGUUGGAUGUACAGAAAUGUUAGACUAACACUAACCCCAUGCCGAAAACCCUCAGUGCAGCCCACCAGCAUUGAAUUAUUCCCAUCUGCCAACUCUAUCUUGUUUCUGUGGUACAGGUAAAGAUGAUGCACUUGAGUUUUUACAGUGUGUGAUCUUAUCUCUCCUCUGUAUUGCAGAUAGUGGUUCUUUAUGGCCACAUUGUUCAAUUUCUUUAAUGCCCAUUCUGUUUUCUAGCAUCGCUCUUGCUUUGAAAACGAAACAAUGUAAUACACUGAUAAUAAACAGUAUAAACAAUUUAAAUGAAGGGUGAUAGGUAAAAAGCUUUUUUUUAUUUUUAUUUUUUGAGAUUGUAUUUAUUUUAUUGUGGUUUGCACAGCUGAAACCAGUAAUCUGUUGUGGUCAUUUCAGAACACAAUUGUACAAUAAAUUUUUUUACAAAUUAAAACAAAUCUGUAUCUGAA